CAGCACAAAAGCUGUGAUUCUAUUAUCGUACUUUGUAACACGUACCAGUAACACUUGAACUUAUUGAAAAGGCAUACAAGAACUGGGAACUUUUUUAUUCUUGUUAAACACUUUUGGAUUACCAAGAAACAGGAGACUUGUUCGAGGGUACGUAGGGUAAAUACUACAGACCAAGGCGAUAUAUCAAGCGAAACGAUGAAUACACACCAAGAAGGAGCACUUGUGACUGAUACCAUUACUGCUACAAACCUCACGGCUCUCGGUUUAAGUCGAGAAUUCCAUAACGAGGAAUCAUCCACCUAUUGGUUACCAAAAGAUGAUGAAGAGCAAAUGAGGCUUACAGGGCAACAUUUUGCUAUCAAGGAUUUAUAUGGAGGAAAUGUGCUAUCUGGUGUAAUAAAUACCUUAGACUUUGAAAAGGGGAUUACCAUUCUUGACAUGGGAUGCGGUUCUGGCGCAUGGAUUAUGGAUAUGAUGCGCGACUAUCCUAAUUGCACCUACCAUGGCUGUGACAUUUCUGAUACAAGAUAUAAGAAAGUGAAUAUAGAAAAGUUCAUUUUUACCUGUGGAAAUGUGGUCAAGGGACUCCCGUAUGAAGACAAUACCUUUGAUUUUGUUCAUAUGAGACUCUUGGUCCUUGCACUUCGCGAAGAAGAAUGGCCAACAGCCAUUAGUGAAUUGAUACGAGUGACUAAACCAGGAGGAAUGAUACAGCUACUAGAAAUGGAUCUCAGACAACAGCAAGAGGAUGAUCCCUCUGGUGCGCUCUAUAAAGUUGGAUUGGCCGUUAGAAAUAUAUGCACAUCAAAAGGACAAAACCCUAGUAUUGGGACUGAAUUCGAAAAGAUGCUCUCAAAGUACAGCAAUAUAAAGAUUAUACAGUCUGAUGAUAGAUCCUGCGAUAUGAGCACAGGCACAAAUACAGCAAAGUUGUUUAUUUGGGACUCAUUGCAAGUAUUAAAAAGUAUGCGACCUGUAUUGGCCUUAAAGUUGGGACUAAAAACCGACGAAGAAUAUGACAGCUUCUCAAAAGAAUUUGAGCACCAUAUAAAAACAAAAGAGAGCAGAUGCUUUUACAACUCUAUUGCUGUCCAAAAGCUUUAA